UUUAAAGAGCGAAUUCAAAAAAGGCACCCCUGGAUAGAGCAAUGUUUUACUAAAAAGGCCAAUUUUCGAGUACAGUGUCGAGAACCAUCUUGUACAUCAAUUUUAAAAUACGUGGAGUUUGCAGAAUAUCUUAAAUUUAAGAAGCACAUAUUUGAGGCGCAUUCAGAUUGUUAUCAUCAUGAAGAGAAUGAGAUAAAAAACAAAGACUGGAAAUAUUUUAGACUAACAACAGAAAAAAACAAGGCAUGUAUUAUAUGUGAUAUAUGUAUUAGAAUUCAAUUUUCACAAAAUGAAAACUUAUUGGAACACUUAAAAAGUCACUCGGAAUUAGAAAAAAAGCUUGGACGCCUACAAAACGAAGAUUGGGGUUGGAAAUACCUGGAACAACUUGAAGAUUUUUCUGCUAAAUGUAAGCUUUGUGCGAAUAAAACAAAAAGUAUACAAUUAAGUUUAAGAACAUACUCUUUAAGAGAACACAUGACAAAAGAACAUGGAAAAAAGUUGCCAGUAAUAAUGUCACGAGAUAAACAGUCUUUGAAAUAUCAUACUGAAAAGCAUUACUUUUUUAAUAAAUGUUAUACGAAGCCUGUGGAUUUGCGAACAAAAUGUCGAUUUUGCAAAGGUGGCUUUGAAUAUGUCACCUGUGAUUCGCUUAAGCUACACAUAAAAGAACAUACAUUUAUUUGGAAAAAUGAAGAAUCUAAAAAGAAUUCACAUAACAAGAACUGGUUAUAUUUUAGGUUUACGAAACAAGAAACAAUAGAAUGUAUUUUAUGUAAAAUACCUGUGCUAAAUGACCAAAUGGAGAAUCACGCAAAAGAUCAUAUUGAAGAAGGUCCACCAUCCUAUAUAUUUCAACAUUGGUCACGUAAAUACGUAAGACAAGAAGAAGAUAAUAUGAUAUGUAUAAUUUGUGAAAAAAGUAUAACCGUUUAUCUUAACAAAUCAAAAUUAAAAAAACAUAUGUUAGAUAAACAUAAAGACGAGAUGAAAAGAAUAAACGAAGAAGAAAUAUUUUGGAAAUCGCAAACUGAAAAGAAAAGCUGGUUGCAAGAAUAUUAUACAGAUGAUGGUGAUUUUCGAGCAGAAUGUAAAUUUUGCGAACGCAAAGUAGUAUAUAUCAAAGAAACACAAUUUAAAAACCACGUAAACGACGUGCAUUAUGGAGUUCACCAUCUUGAAGAACAUGAAAAUCCACAUUAUAUCUACCUAGAACAGUGGAAUUAUGUAAGGUACACAAAUGACAUUGAAUCGAAAGAACCAAACACAGAAUGCAUGAUAUGUCAAAAAAAUGUCACACUACCUCACAUAGAUCAUUAUCCACGCGAGAUAGUAAACUAUGCUCAUCAUUGGGCACUUAAAUACGCAAGACAGAAUGGACAUGUUGCAAAAUGUACGAUAUGUGAAACACCAGUAGACUUUGAAUGUGACGUGGACAAUUUAGAAAACCACGUAUCAUUUGUACAUCAAAAGGAGUGGAAAAAAAGACAAGAAAAAGAACAAAAAAUAGAAUAAAUAGAACAAAGAACAGCACACGAUGAAGCUAAACCGUCGACAAGCUACGCAAGUUAAAAAAAACGAUCAUUUAUCUACAUUGGACAAUGGAAAUGAUGGUAGCGACGUUUUUAAGUAGCAUCUCAUGACCAGCGAUAACGACAGUCUUGACUUUGACCUGAGUGAUUUGAACUACAUGAAGACAUUAACGUAUAAUUUGACUUAUUUGUCGCAUAUCAGUUUUGUGUCUAUAAAUAUAUAAAAUUGGUAAAUUCAAAUACAUAUAUAUUUAUAAAUUUAUAACUUAACAAAAUUGUUUAAAUUUAUAUAUUAUAUAUAUAAUUAUAGUCAUUACUUUAAAACAUAAUAUUCUUUAAAUUAUGCUUUAAAAUCAAAUACUGUGUUACUACAUUUAUAAAAACUAAAUUUCGUGAAUACAACAAAAUUUUUCUCUAGUGACGAAUCUUCGAGUGACGUACUCAGCACAUAUGUAACAAAAUUCAGAUAAUUAGUACUUGUUCGAAAUAUUUAUGUAAAUUUUAUAAAAUCGCAUUCUGCAGCUUAAAACAGAUCUGUCUACGUCACUUAAUAUUUGAAGAAAGAAACUACUGAUUAUAUAUUUUUCAAUUCAACAUAAAAAUAUUAUUUUUUUAUGCAGUAUUAUCGUGAAAAAAGUAGAAGUCAGAACCCUUAGCAAAUCUCUAACGACUGUGUUAAGAAUGAACUGGAGAAUUAUAUAUGUCGUAGUUGGACAUAAAUGUAUUGUUUUCUUAUACAUGAGAAAACAGUAUAUCUCCAAAUCCACGUACGAAAUGUAUAUUCCUUUAGUUCCUUUUUACAAUACUUGUGUAAACAUCUUUUGACGCGUUCGCACGUCUACAUUUUAUAUGACUUUAUGAAAUAAUUUUAAAGAAUCAUGUAAGAAGUAAAAGUUUAGAUAUAUUGGUAAAUGCGUAAAAAACACACAUACUAUCCAUGUUAUUAAAAAUCAUCAU